UCUGAAACCCUUCUGGAUGGAAGAGAUCCAGUUGAGUCCAACCUCUGCUUCCCCAAUUUCAUUUGAGAUUCUCGCCAAAAUCUCUUUUAUCUAUGAUUUCAAUUUCAGUAUUGCAAAAUGCCAAUUUUGGCACAAUCGGUUGGCAAUUGGCAAGAAAAGUCCCAGGCUCCUGUCUCCAAUGAACCCCAAGUGCUCUCCGAUGAACCCCAAGUGCUCCUAAGUGGUAUCAUUUUCUAUCAGUAUUGCAAAAUGCCAAUUUUUGCACAGGAUUUGGUGCAGGUUCAUUACCAAGUCGAAAUCCAGUUGCACACCAGAAGAUAUGCACCUAUUUGUGCUGAUGGUGGUGAAGCAGUUGAAGAAGGGGGCAUUAAUGAUGUUGCUCAUGGUGUUAAUUUUAAGAUAGCUUCCAAUGGUGAAGGGCUACAAGAAAAGGAGUGUGGGAGAGAAGUUAAACCAAUAUUCAUGCUUCGUGUCUUUUAGAAAGUACCACUUUGCAUUAUAUAACUGGUCUUCCAGGUGCAUAGAUCUUUCAAAUUUAAUCCUUUCACCAUCUGAUGCUGCUUAUCAUUGAUUCAAUUUGUUAUUAUCAUUGAUUUCUGGUUAUUUACCACAUUCUAUUGUGCAUUGGAUGGUGGAGGUGUGCCACACAAUUUUAGUGUUUUAAUGAGAAAUCCAAACUCUGAAGUAGGCUAUUUGAUUCUAGAUUUCCACCUUUCUUUGCUAGGAUGCAGUUUGUAAUAGCUUGGUUCUACCUCUAUCAUAGAGUAGCAAAAUCCUUGCCAGUGGUUUUGCAUUGGAGCUUCCCACCUUCAUCCCCAAUUUCUGCAGUUAUGAUGAUGGAACUGUAAACGUUGCAGCUGCUCAACCAAAAGCUAUAGGAAUCUCAUUACCUUCCAAGAACAAUUACACUCAAGGCAAUGUGGUUUCACCAUUCAGCAAAAUAGUGUCGGCUCAAUCAAGUUUAAAGCCAUGGUCCAUUCAAGGAUGGCAGGCAACCAUGGAGGAUGCUAAAUUCAGGGUUUUGAAAUGAGGUUAACUUCAAAGCGUUUAAAAUGAGCAAAGAUUGAAUGAUGCUGGUAGUGAUUCUGAAAAUGAACAACUGAUGAUGGUGUGAUGAAAUGGGGAAGAGGAAGAUGCAAGUCUUGUAGAGGUACAUGUUUUGUUAUUAUAUUUCUUGUUCCAUUUUGGUAAUUCCAAAAUCUACUGCAGAUUUUUUGAAAAGACUUGUUUCUCUUAGCAUUUUUGGUGGCUGCUCUUUGUUUGUUUAGAGGAGAUUUCUUAUUUUCUUAAAUGCGUUCCUUCUGGAUAUGGUUAUUUUUGUUCAGAUUUUUGAGAAUUUGGUAGUUAGUUCUAAUAAAUUUAUUCAGUUGUU